AUGACGACAGAAGAUGAGGUCACGCCGGAGCAGAGGGAGGCCUACAGGAGGAGACUCCUCCAGAGGACGAACACGGACCAGUUGCCGGUGAAUGCUCAGGGGGGAUUGAUCUAUGCGAUCAAGAAGUUCAGACCGCCCAAGGCUACAGAGACACAUCGACAGUAUUUGAAGAAGGUCUGUGCGGAGUUCUGCAUCUCGACAUCGAUGGACCAUGAGAACAUCAUCCGGACGAUUGAUUUACAAUUGCGUCUGGAACAGUUCCCGGAAUACUGUAUGGUGAUGGAAUUUGCAGCGGGAGGAGAUUUGUUCCAGCUGUUGACAAGGUCCUCUCCGCCGAUCGGUCUACUGGAGAAGUAUUGCCUGUGGAGGCAACUUGUGAAUGGUGUGCAGCACAUGCACAGCAUGGGCGUUGCUCACCGCGAUCUGAAGCCCGAGAACCUUUUGAUCGAUGCGACGGGCAGGAUUCUGAAGAUAACGGACUUUGGGAUCGCGAAUGUGUUCAAGUCCGUGGGCGACCCCAGUCCGUUGCCCUGCAGGGGCAUCAUCGGCAGCGAACCGUAUAUUGCCCCGGAAGAGUUCUACCAGGACGAAUACGACCCCCGGGCUGUGGACGUAUGGGCCUGCGGGAUCAUCUUUUACGUGAUGUAUUACUCAGCCAUGCCCUGGGCACGCGCGGAUCGCAAGAGUGAUGCCCGGUUUGCGAAAUUCUUCUUCGGCCGUAGGAUCGCCAGGUUCUUACCCUUCUUCAUUGACCGGAUCGAGACGCCUGGGUGCAGGAGGGUGCUUUAUGCGAUUUUGGAGCCUGAUGCGAGGAAGAGGUUGACGAUCGAGCAGGUGGUGAGGGAUGAAUGGGUGAGGAGAAUUAGGUAUUGCACGGAUAGCCCAAUGAAGCAGGAGGAGCAGGCGUUGCUGUGUGGAAGUGCGGGAGCCAAUCAUUCGCAUGCCGUGCCCAAGAAAGUUCGUACUUGA